AUGGCUACUGAACUGACGACACCCGAGGACCCAGUUCUUGUGAUAGGGGCUGUUAUAAUAUCAAAGAAGCUUAGAACAACUGGAAACAUGUUUAUCGUUAAUUUAGCAAUUGCCGAUUUCAUUGUUAUCCUGAUUGUCGAACCUUUUAAUUAUAUUGGAAUAAUAAAUGGGGCAGGAGCAUAUAUAGAGAACGUUUGGUUAUGUCACAUGGUAUCUAUAAUAUGUGUUAUGGCUUGCGUUUGCUCAAUGAUGAAUCUAGCUGCUAUUGCUGUUAAUAGGUAUAUAAUGAUCAACAAGUUCCAGCUCUAUAAAAGAGUCUUCACCAAGAGAAAAACAAUUUUGAUGUGUACUAGUUUGUGGUUUAUAGCCCUUUUGAUAGAACUGCCUAACUUGACAGGAUGGGGUGGUCAUACUUUUGACUUGAAGACACUUGGAUGCUCUUUCGACCGGUUAAUUUCACUUAGUUAUACUAUAUUCUUAAGUGUAACAGCUUUAUAUAUUCCACUUUUACUAAUCUUAAUUUGCUAUGUGAAGAUAUAUUUGUACGUUCGUCGAAGCAGGCGACAAAUUGCUAUGUCAAAUAAAUGCAAGGAAAGAAAUAAGAAAUGUAGGAAAGAUGAAGUGCGUCUGGCUAGAACAUUUUUUAUUGUAUUCAUUUCAUUUCUUAUCUGCUGGACACCAUAUGACCUGACAUUAUUUUUCGAUAGGUCAGACAAAUGGCCUAGUUGGUUGUAUAUCUUAUUUAUGCAAGUUGGACAUUUUAAUAGUUCCUUGAACAGUAUCUUGUAUGGAUUCACCAACAGACAUUUCAGAGAAGGAUAUAAACUAUUUCUGUCAAAAUUCAUACCAGGUUUUCAUACUGUCUUUAUUGCAGAACAUCAGAAGUCUUCUCAGAUUACAUCUGAAACAAGCUUAUCUCGAAGCGAAGACCAAAAACUUUAAGAGUACAGGAAAAUAAAGGCAGAUCUUAUAAAAUAACUUUACAUAAGUAAAUAAAAAGAUCAUGAUAAUGUUAAUGUUAUCAACCAGAGAAAAAAUUGAAACUUGGGAAAAAAUGAAAACAAAAACGUUAAUAUUUUCAUGCGUCCGAAGCGCUCUUCUGGAUUUACCUUCAUCUGGAACGCUCAAAGCCGAAUAUUUGAAAGCCAAUGAUGUAUAAGAACUAAAACGGUUGAAGAGCUUUGUAACCUAAAAGGACAUAAAAAAAAUUGCCAAAUCCUUCUGAGGCCAACUUUGCCUGAGGGAGUUGAAACCUUAGUUUCUUUAUAAUUUCGAAAUUUAUAAACGGACAAUUUUAGAAAGGUUUGUACUUACUACUGAGCUGAUGAUACCUCGGAGACUGAAAGUCUACCAGCAGAGAUAUCGACCCAGUGCUGUGAAAACGUCGGUAUUCAGAUUAGACCGUCUAAACAUUCAGUUUGUAUCAAAUAUGAAAUACUGCGAGUUUGUUUUUACUAUUUGCGAACAUUCAUUAAAGCAAUACUUCCAACAAAUUAGAAAAAUCGCUGGAGUAUUUUUUUGUUUUUUAAUAAUCCGUUUUUUUUAAUAUCCUGAACUGGAUACUGUAAUCAACUCAACGAUCAAUCUUUCAGAAAUGCUUCUUUUGACCUUCAGAAGUAAAAAAAACAACAAAACGGUGAACUGAUACGGGAUUAACCUUGCAAAAGAAUAUCUAUUAUGCAAAAUUUAUUCAGAAAAUGUUGUUCUAUC